UCUCGCUUUCACCAAUAAUUUACUUUUCUUGUUUGUACUAUAAAAAUGCCUCACCCUUUCUCUCUCUAGAAGCUCAGCUCCUGCUUCACUUCAGGUAAUUUGCAAAUAUGAAUAGUGGGUUUGGAUAUUGCUGCGGAAAUGGAGUUCGUACUGCUUGAAGAUUAGGAAACUUGUAACCACAGGUUGCUUUGAGCAGUAUUCUGCCCUAGGAAUAACUGGUGAAGAUGGAUUCAGUUGUAGAUGCAAACAUCCCACUGGAUUACAUUGAGUUCCACAUUUUUCCCAGCCAGAAUAGGUACGAGGCAUGUGUGUGCAAUGUGAACAUGAAAGAGAAAGUAGCAUCAGGACUUUUGGAGCAUCUCUUAGUGCAUUCAGCUGAAGUCAAAGCUUUGCAUUCAAAAGGAUCCGACGUCAAGUAUAUACUUAAGUCACCAGAAAAUCAAGACAAUAAAUGGUUUACUAAAUCCGUAUUGAUAAGGUUUCUGCAUAUAAUUGGUUUAGCAAACUUACUGCACAUUACCAGUUCUGUGAAGGAUGAGAUAUCUCAGCUGGAGGAAGCCCGCAGAUUUCACCUUUCUUUAUAUGCAAAGGGUACAGAAUAUCAGCUCCAGACUGGGGAAUCAGGCAACAGCUGCUCCAGUGGAACUGUAUCAACUCCAAAGGUAAUCUGCUUUUUAAGUCCGACUGAAGGCUCAGAUGCUUCCAAGAAUGAAUUAUUGAGAGCCAUGGACCUGAGGCUUGCUGCACUAAGAGGAGAAUUGACAACUGUUUUUGACCAAGCUGCUGAUUUUGGAUAUUUUGUGGAGGAGAUGACUAAUGUAGAGAAGUUUUCUCAUCAUUUUGGAGCGGUUGACUUGAGGGAUUCAUUGGGCAUGUAUAUAGAACUAAGACAAGGAAAUCAGGCUGUUGAUAUUUCAAGCAACAAACAGUUUGCGGAGACUGAUGGAGUCAGAGAAAAAGAAGGAUGUAAUUAUGCCACUAAACCAUUAUCCUCAGAGACUCCAGUAAAAUAUGGUGUCUCUCCAGCUAAAGUGGCUCAGGUAGAGAGGCAAAGCUCAACCGAAAGUGACGAAUCUUCUUUCUCAAGUGACGAAGAAAAACCAUCGAUAGAUAGAAGUCGUACUCUUAUAAGAUCUGCUUCACCUAGGAGGUCAGCAUCUCCGAUGCGGAGGGUACAAAUUGGACGAUCUGGAUCUCGAAGGUCUACUGCUAUAACUAUUAAGAGUCUUAACUAUAUUCCCGCCCGUGAAAAAUCACUUUUGCCUAAAGACCCAGUUGGACAUGAUAGUGAUGAGGAAGGAUCUGAGCGAGCACCUAUAAAAUCUGAGAGUAAUGUGAGGAGAAUGAGUGUGCAAGAUGCAAUAAAUCUUUUUGAAAGCAAACAGAGGGAUCAAACAGAGGAUAUUCAGAAGGCAAAGUCAUUGUUAAAUGCAUCAAUGGCUGCUAACAGAUCUGUACUGAGAAGAUGGAGUAGCGGAAUGGAUGAAGAUUCUUCUGAAUGUCUCCAGGAUCUUGUUCCUGGAGAUGCUGUUUCACAGACUCAAUAUAAUGUUGAAAGUAAGGAAACUGCAAAUAGCUCACCAGAGGGUGAAGCUGAGCCUGGUGUUGCUUCUGAAGAUUAUCCGACUGAAAUUUGUGGAUUGGAUGCCAAAUUGAACUCCCCUGACAAAAUAGCAUGUAGUCCGGUAGUCACGCCUGAUGAGAAUCUUCCAACUGAAUCAUCUAAUGCUAAUGCAAAAUUAACUUCCUCAGUUGAAUGGAGUCGUCAAAAAGAAGCAGAACUAAAUGAGUUGUUGAUGAAGAUGAUGGAAACUAAGCCUGCUAAAAAUCGAACUGCGGUUCCUGAUAGGAGCAAAAGACAGAGCUUUCCGGCUGAGAGGAGAGGUGGCUUUUAUAAUCACUACAAGGAGAAGAGGGAUGAGAAACUUCAAGCAGAAACUGUUACAAAGAAAGCCGAGAAAGACAAACAAUUCAGAGCGAUGCAACAAAUUCUUGAUGCAAGAAAAUCCCAACAGACUUCAGCAGCUACAGGUGAUGCCGGUAAAAAGACUAAUGUGAAGAAACUCCAGAAAUCACAAAAUAAUGCAUCUCAACCUGCAAAUCCUAGGACAGAGAGCCCAAAGCUUGGAUUUGUCAAGAAAGCACCUCCAAAAGCAUCAUCUUUACCUGCUACACGUAAGUCUUGGCCAUCUGUGCCACCACCUAGAACUCCAGGAGAAUCACCUGCUCGGACACCUUCAUCCUCAACACUUAGUAAUCCACCUCGUAGAAGAUCACAACCGACUGCACCUGUUUCUCGGUCAGGCCCCAAAGUAGAGACAUCUCAACCACAGGCAAAGUCUACCAAAUCGAACCAAAACAGUAGUAAGAGCAACCUCAGAAUUGCUACUGAGAAAAAACAACAACCUUUGCAAAAAACUAUGAAAGCAAUGAAAAGCAAAGCUCAUGGCGCUCCUCAAGAUCUUGCUUCCUCAGCAAAACCUAGCUUAUACAGCAAGGUUACCAAGAAGGGAAGUGUUGUUCCGCUGGAAUCAAAGCCAUUUCUUCGCAAAGGGUCAGGAACUCUCUCCAACAUUAAUCCCGUCGUGAAAAUAAAAGCUUCCUCUAAUCCUCCUGAAACUUCAAGGAGCACUGAAGAUCCGAUCCUGACUGAGGAUAAUGAAGCAGUGUCUAACUCUUUUGAUCAACCAAUUCAGCCUCAAGAGAAGGAACCUGGAGAGUUGAAAAUCCAUAUGGAUAUAGAAUCUAGAAGCCCUGCAGAAAGUCCCCAGAGAUGUGGAGACAAGGAGGCAUUUACCCAAGUUAGCCCCAUCAUUCAUGAUGCCAUUGACAGGGAGGUACAGCCUGAAUUAAAAGUUGAGGAUGAAGAAGAACCCACCAUCGCACCUACAGCUUGGGUGGAAAUAGAAGAAAAUGAAGAUCAGCCCCUCAGAUCCAGUGAGCAUAUUUGCCAACCGGGAUCUCUGGCCCCAGUUGUAGUAUCAGGUGAACGUGUUCGUCAUUCUCUGUCGCAAAUGCUUCUUGAAGAGAGCAGUGAACAGGAUGUCAUUGACUGGGGCAAUGCUGAAAAUCCUCCUCCAAUGGCCUACCAAAAAGAUGCACCUAAAGGAUUAAAGAGACUAUUAAAAUUCGCUCGAAAGAGCAAGACUGCUUCAAACGCAACAGGCUGGUCUAGCCCGUCUGUCUUUUCUGAAGGAGAGGAUGAUACUGAGGACUCCAAAUCUGUUAGUAAGAGAAGUUAUGAAAAUCUACUGAAGAAAGCAACACUUCAUUCAAAGAACAAUGGACAUCAAAAGGCUACUUAUGAGACCUACCAGAAAAAUUACCCCGAUUAUGAACAUCCUGCUCAAGCGAAUAUUAGAAAAUUCAAUGCUCAAAGUUUAUCCCAGCAGUUGCAGGAGGGACAUGUCUCAGCUUCUGUGACCACGACAAAAGCAACGAGGUCGUUCUUCUCUCUUUCAGCAUUUAAAGGCAGCAAAUAGGAGCUGAUAUAACAAGUUUGUUCUGGUUUUGCCCAGGACCCGAACUCUAUACCUGUGGUACAUCUCCUGCAAUCUUGUUUAAGCUAGUGAUCUUCUGUAUUUCCCUUUCGUCAGAGACUUUGACCAUUUUACUGUGCCGAUAAAAUGGAUUAAAGUUGUGCAUCAGCAAAUGACAAUGCACACGUAUAUUUUGUAGAUUUAGCAUCUGAUUUGUUGCCAUGCACAGACUGGUUAUUUUAUGUAACAAAAGAUAGAAACUUGAGCAGCGUCCGUGAACACAAAUCAGAGGGCAUUUGUAUUUACUGCCCAGGCGAUCAUAUCUGUGUAUUUGAGCCUAUCCAUCUGACCUGCUGUCCCAAAUCAUGUGAACUUUUACAUUGAUCAUCUGAUCGUCCGCACAUCUACCGUUAUAUACCUGAUCAAGUUCACUCGUA